AUGAAUUUAGGAAUAGAUUAAAUAAUCCCAAAUAUUUAUAGUAGCAUUGCGAAUUAAACAUAAUCAAUUAUUUUAGAUGAUUGUAUAUUGGAAUUCUAAAAUUAUUUGGAGAAAGUAAUUCCAAAUUAAUUUUAAGACUCCAAAGCAAAAUUUGUAUUUAAAGACUAAAUGAUAUCUAAUGUGAUAAGUAAAAAAUACAUAAUUCAUUAUAGUAUCACUUUUAGAUUUGACAAAUCGGUCAGAUUUCAUAAAACCAUAUGAUAAAGAAAUGACUACUAAUACUCUUAAUAAAUUAAAUAAAAUUGUUUAAGAAAUAUCAGAGUAUGAUAAAAUUAAAAUUUUGGUUAAUUAAACUAUAUUAAAUAUAGAGAGAGAUACUAUUAGAUUAUUAUAAGAUUUCUAAGAUUUAUUUUAAAUAUUAUUCUCUUCUAAAUCUUGUGGUAAAAUGAUACUAUUAAAAUAAUUUGAUUAAUAUGUAAGAAAAUUGCAAUAAUUUACAUUUUUUUGGGAGAAUUUAAUAUUAUUAGAAAAUUAGUAAGCAACCAUAAAAAUAUAAAAAGAAUCAUUAGUAAAAGAAACAGAUUUAGUCAAUAAAAUUGAUUAAUGGAAAAUAGCUAUAAUUUAAGAAAGAAAUUAGAUUUAAUCUUCAAAAGCUUCUUCGCUUAUUUUAGAAUAAAAGAAAAUUAUAUAAACUUAAUCGUUUUAAUAAAAAAAAAUCCUUUAGGCAUUACAAUAAUAUUGUGGAUUGGGUCUUCAAAAGAAUUAAUUAUAAUCUAUAUAAUUAUUUGAAGAUUUAGCUAAACAAGGAAAUGGUUUAGCAAAAGCCAUUUUAGGUUAAUUAAUUCUAGAAGGGUAAAUUUUUUAGAGAAAUUAUGAAAAAGUAUAUAUAUUUUUAAUGUAAAUAAUUAGGCAUAUGAAUACUUUUAAGAAAGUGCAGACUAAAACUGUCAAAUUGGAAUUUAUUUUAUGUCAAAAUUAAUAUUAGUAUUCAUAAUUAAGUAAACUUUAUAGGAUGGUAAAGUUUAAAAUAAAGUAUUUGGAGAAGCAUAAAAAUCUACCAGUAAAUUGAAUAAUACAAACAAUUCUAGGAUUGAUGAAUGCCAAUUUGCAAUUUCUUUGUUAAAAAUAGCUUCUGAGUAAGGACAUACUGAAUCUAUGAUCUAUUUGGGAGAUUUGUAUUUCUUAGGAUUUAAAUCAGAGGAUUGUAUAUAGAUAUUAUAUAUGAAGUUCAUCUUGAAAUUGAUUAUUCAACAUCUGAGAUUUAUUUCAAAGAAGCUUAAAAAUAAGAUAAUGUUGAAGCCAAAUAUAAAUUAGCUAAACUUUAUUAAAAGAUGUGUAAGAUUUCUAUAUACAAAGUAUUCAUCUUUUAUAUUUUAUAGAAUAGGAUAUAAUUUGUAUAUCCUUUGUUAUUAGAAUCUAAAAAUAUGGAUUAUUUACCAGCUUAUUAUGAUUUGGCUAAAAUUUUAAUUGAAGGUAUAAAAGAUGAAUUAUAGCCUAAUUAAAUUAUGGCAGAGUUAAUUUUAGAAUAAGGUGCAAUGAAAGGAAAUCAAGAUUGUGCAAAACUCAUUUUAGAAAACAAAUAUAAUCAUUUAAUUAAUAAUAAAAUCAAUUUAUAAGAGUUUUUAUAAUUAUUGGAUUAAUUAGAUUAGAUUCAAAAUAGUUCUGAAAAUUUAACUUUUUAUUAUAGAGGAAAAAUUGCAUAAAAUGGUUUUUUAAUAGAAAAUAAUAUCUAAUUUGCUAUUUAAAUGUUUAAGUAAAUGUUAAUUUUUUUAAUUAGUUUGGGAGCAAAUUUGGGUUGUUAAAAAUGUAAAUUGGAACUAAGUUAAUAUUCGAAAAAAGAUUUAAAUAAAAAGAAGGAUUCUAUAGAAAAAUAGGAAAAAUAAGAAAAGCCAGAAAAAUUUUAACCAAAUCUUGGUUUUAUUUAAUUAGUAAAGUAAAGUGAUUGGAGAUUAAGAUUCAGAAAUUAGAGUAUAUUUUCAAAUCCAUUUAAUACUUCAUAACUUGAAAAUGAUUAAUCAACAAUGUAAAAAGAUUGAAAAUUUGAUUUAUUAGAUAAGCAAGAAUGACAGCUAGUAUUAUCAAAACAAUUGAUAUAAAUGAUCCAGAUAAUAAGAGAAAACGUGUUAUAUCUGAUUAUACAGGAUUUUCUAAACAAUAACCUUCAGAUUAAAGUAUUUUGUUGUCUAAUUUAAAAUUUAAUCCAAACGAUAAAAAUUAUAUUAAUUCAAACAAUUAGAUUUAAGAUCAAAAAUAGAGAAAAUCAUCUUAAUUCACAAAAAAUGAAAAACCAAAAUUUUUAAGACAUCUAUCUUAACAUGCUAUCUAUUCAUAAUCUUAAAAUGUAUUAAAUUUAUAAAAUGAAUGA